AUGACAGGAAAGAAAAAACAAAAGCUGUUAGAAAAAUAUUUAGAGAAAAAGCAACGGCAGAAGGAGAGGGAUUCUCUAGUGGAGCAGUUAAAGGAGUUACAGAAUAAGUCAGAAGCAGUAAAAUCAGACACACUUACAUCCUCGAGUCUACUAGUACGCCGUAAAAAGACAAGCACGAAAAACGCACUUAAAUCAGAGAGUAGAGACAAGAGAGAGAAGGAAGAAGGCAAUGAAGAGAAGGAAGGCAAUGAAGAGAAUACAAUUUCUUCAGAGGAUAAUAAGAUGAGUGUGAAUGACCUUAUGAACACGGUGAGUUCAGAAGCCUUGUGUGAUGGGAUUAUUUGGAGAACAUUAGAAAAGAGGAAGCUUGUGGCUGAAGAAGAGGACGGGGAGAGUAAAAAGUGCAUAAAAUCAGAAGAAGUAAAAAAUAAAAAAUGUGCCGAUUUAAUAAAAACAGACAAGGCCCAGUCCAGGACCAGAGAGGGUCAGAGCACACUUCCAAUAACUCACAUGGAAGAUGAAAUUGUUUCUUCUGUAAAGCAUAAUCACAUUACGAUAAUAACGGGUGGGACAGGGACUGGGAAGUCCACGCAAGUACCACAAUUCUUAUAUGAGAAUGGGUUAUGCGACCAUAAGAAGAUAUGCAUUACACAGCCCAGGAGAGUAUCUGCGUAUGCUGUGGCAAGCAGAAUAUCUCAGGAGCAGAGUACAAAAGUAGGUGGUCUUUGUGGGUACAGGAUGAGGUAUGACACAAAGACUUCUCAGAGCACAAAGAUACUUGUUUUGACAGAGGGAGUACUUCUACAAGAACUAGCUGAUGAUCCAUUCCUGGCAGAGUAUUCUGUGAUAGUUUUAGAUGAGGUACAUGAGAGGUCUCUGCACCAGGACACGGCCCUUCUGGUUCUGUUAAAACUAGUCGUAAAGAGGGACUUAAGACUUGUUCUGAUGAGUGCUUCUAUAACAGAUGAGUACAUUUCAGCCGUACAGAAGAUAUCCGGUGCCACUAUAAAUAAAGUACAGGUAGAUGCACAAGUACAUCACGUAGAGAUACAUCACAUGCCUGUAAUGGGAGAGUAUCACUAUAUGGACGAGAUGCGAUCAAGGAUAGAAUCAUUAGAUGCAGAGGAUGGGUCAAUCCUUGCAUUUGUAUCAACAAAGGAUGAGACUGAGAAGAUGAAAACCCUUCUGUGCAUGGAGCAUAAGGCCGUGUUCACUUUGCACAGUGACACACCAGAGGAUAUCCAGCAUACUAUACUCAGCAGUAAAGGUGUAGUUAUUGUGGCAACCAAUGUAGCUGAAACAUCUCUUACACUCCCAGAUGUAAAGUAUGUUAUAGAUGGUGGCAGAGAGGUUCAGAAGAAGUACAGUUAUACGACAGGCACGUACACCUAUAAUACAGUACUUAUAUCUAAGGAGAGUGCAGAGCAGAGAAAGGGAAGAACAGGCCGAGUAAGUGCAGGUGUAUGCUAUAGGAUAUACACAACAGUAGAAUACGAAAAAAUGAGAAUUAACAGAGAGCCUGAAAUAGAAAGGGAAAGGGUCCUUCCAAUGGUAUCUGCCCUAUUAAAGGCAGGAGUACGCCCUAAUAAUAUAUCCCGUGUAGAGUGUAUUACACCCCCACCAGACACUGCGAUAGAUACAGAAUUACAAUUACUUACCAGACUAAAUAUUAUAAAGGAAUCAGAACUUACCCCUAUUGGUAGACAGACUCUUUCUCUGCCCACUGACCCUGUCUUAAGUACUGCUUUAUUACGUGCCAAGGGCGUAUCACAGGACACUUUUUAUUGUAUGCUGAAUAUUAUCACGGCAAUUGAACUGUACAACCCCAGAAGGGUCCAUUAUACACCGAGUUAUAUCCCUAAUAGUACAACGUAUAUUGAAGCACUCUGCAGACCAACUCCACAGACAUUCACUAGGCACAAGCUUAUUCAGCAUAUUAUAAAGGCUUUUAAUAAGAUAUUUACUAGUGAGGGUGAUUUACGUUAUACUUCACAGAUUACUGAAGUAUCUGAUGUAGAUAGGCGCAUAGUCUCACUUGACCAUAAUAAUACGGAUGCUUCUGUUGGUGUAUCCUGUGGCAAGAUUCUAGCCUGGUGCUUUUCAUCGAAUUUAAUCACAACUUAUAACGGCAAGUACUAUUAUAAAGGAGAGGAAGUAAGGAUGAGGAGUCCUUUACCUGACAUACAUUCAGAUAAACCUGUUCCAUUAGUUUGUUAUUCUAUAAUACACCCAGAUGUAUCUGACACCAAAAAGAUUUCUGCUGUAUGUUCUGUGAUACCAGAGUACUAAAUAUUCAUAAUUUAUUACACAUUAAAUAAUACUUAUUACACAAUACACAAUAAAU